GAUGGCGGCGGCGGGCGGCGGCGGCGGUGGGGGGAACCUCUGACGGCGCCGCCAUGUUGGUGAGGGCACUAACGGCGCCCGGGCUGCGCCGGUGGUGCCAGGGCCGGCGGGGCGCGGCCGCCGCCUGUUUCCCGCUGAGCCGGGCGCUGCUGGGCGUGCGGGGCGCCGAGGCCGCCGUGUUCCUGCAGGGGCUGCUGACCAAUGACGUCACGCAGCUGGUGGCGGCGGGCGACGCCCCCCCCGCGCUGUACGCGCACGCGCUGAACGUGCAGGGCCGCUGCCUGUAUGACGUCAUCCUGUACCGGCUCCACGGGAGCACAGCAGAGGAGCCUCACAUCCUGCUGGAGUGCGACAGCAGCGCGCUGGAUUCCCUCCARAAACACCUGAAACUCUACAAGAUCCGCAGGAAAGUCACCAUCACUCCCUGCCCUGACCUCUCCCUGUGGGCUGUCAUCCCCGGGGAGCAGCCUGGGGACACCAGUUCCCUCCCAAAAUGUGCAGAGCAGGCUCUGCUCUUAACUCCUGACCCCAGGACACAAGUCAUGGGCUGGAGACUGAUCGCAAAGAAAGGAGCAAAUCUGUCCGAGAUUAUCCCUGGGAGUCAGGUUGGAGACGUUCAGGAUUACCACAGGCACAGGUAUAAACAAGGAAUUCCCGAAGGUGUGAAAGAUCUCCCACCUGGAGUCGCCCUCCCUCUGGAAUCCAACCUGGCCUUCAUGAACGGCAUCAGCUUCACCAAAGGCUGCUACAUCGGGCAGGAGCUGACAGCCAGAACCCACCACAUGGGYGUCAUCCGAAAACGCCUGCUGCCCGUCUCCUUCCCCGCCCCCCUUCCCAGCCAGGGCAUUCCCGAGGGCGCUGAGAUCCUCACCGAGUCGGGAAAGCCCGCGGGCAAGUUCCGUGCMGGGGGAGGAGAGCUCGGGAUAGCCCUGCUGAGGCUGGCUCAUGCCARCGAGCCGCUCUGCAUAAACCUGGGAGGGGACAAAGUGCCCCUCAGUGCCAGCACACCCGAGUGGUGGCCCAAAGCUGCUGCCAAAUAGRUGAGGAAGCACCGUUUGCCUUAGGGAGGGUCUGGUUUGUGUGGGGAUUUGGGAAGGCUGGUGUUUGUGGUGUUUGAUGGGGAGUCAUUCAGGAUUCCUCAAAUUGGGACUGAACAGCGGGAACCCAAAGCUACRGCRGUCACUGGGCUGGAUCAUCCACCRAGUGCUGUGGAGAGACAAAUCCAGSGAAAUACACCUUUUCCCGAGGGUAAUCCCCUUAUUUAGGGGUACCACAGGUUGUUGGGUUGGUCCCUAUGUAUUUAGGGGUUGCCACUUGUUGUUGGUUUGGACCCUGGAUGGAUUUCCAGGCUGACACCCUGACUGUGCUCCGUGUGUGUUCCAACUGAAGCAACGGGAUCAGGAGUUAGUUUCCCUGUUCCAUGCACUGAAUUUUUCUGUUCAGAAUAACCAUUCUGUGAUUUGUUGGUUUUUUGGUUUUUUUUUGUUUUGUUUUUUUUUUCUUUUGCGUGGAGUUCGUGCUGCUCUUAUUAAAAUGUAUUCUCAGGCUGAAGUUUUUUUGCUGUAAUUGCUCCUUGCAUUGAGCUUCCCAAACUUGCUGAUGGGGCUGGCGUUUCUUCCCACCACUGGAAUUGUGUUCAGGAAGAGGAACACCUUGUGCUUCAUGUGUCAGACCUUGAUUUUAACCCAUCCCAGGUGAGAAAGGUCUCAAACUGUCCACCUGCAGUUGGAGUUUUCUCCAUCCACCACCCCUGAGGGUUUUCAGAGCAGCCCAAUGCCUUGGCAUUUCUUUGYUUCCUGUUUCUGGCUGCCAGCACUCCUCUGCUUUCCCAAUUUUCCUUCUUUCUGCAGUCACCAUAUUACUCCUGCUUCCAAAGCCAGCCAGCUCCGUGCCUCCUGACCCUGCCAACGUGCAGUGAUUUAUAGGAUCCUKUUUAUUUUUGUAUUGCAAUAAAUCCAUUACACAGAGUCACAAUGAGAGAGGUGCCCAGGUGAGAUCCCAUUUUGACCAAAAAAAAACAACUAACAUGUGCAUGAACAUUUUCAACAAAACCCGUCCAAAAUCACAUUCUGCCUCUGUUUCAGUGUUACUGUGAAAGGAAUUUGUGAAAAAUGUUGAUAUUGAUUAAAACUUUAUGGUUGCUGUAAAAUGAUUCUGUGGAAUACCUCAUUAAUUAUUGUCUGUGAUUUAAAUGUCACUCACCUGAAGGGAAGAUGCCUUUUAUUUGCCUGGUGUGAAGACACAUCGCAGAAUAAAUGCUUUUUCAGUUGCUUGCUGACAAGAACCAUGCUUUGGACUGUUGGUCAGGUGAGGGAUUGCUCACAAAGUCUUUCUGCUGGGAAAAUAAAUGAAACUGGAUCCUGCAGAGGCACAAAGGCAAGGCUGUGCUGCCCAGCUUGGCCAGAAGCAGCUUUUCCUCUCUGCCACCCAUUGUGCAAAGCCUGCUYAGAAUGGUUUUAUUGUCCUGGGGUGAGCAGGGCCUGAACAAACACUGAAUAAACUCCUCUGUUUGGGGAAGCCCUGAAACUUUUCUGCCUUAGCCACACGUUUCUUUUGUCUUUUUCAUGGUGUUUGAGAGGCUCUUGUUGCCAGCAGCUGCAGGUGACACAGGGUUAGACACGAGAGAAGGUGGUGCUGAAAUGGUGUUUGAUGGUUUCUGGAAAAAAAAAUGUAGAAAUGGGGGAGAGGAGCCCCAAUCCAUAUUAUCCUUAAWUUUUUUAUUCUCCCUCUCCACCAUUCAUGAUUUUAGUUGGGUGAAUUCUGGCUGGAAGGUGCUGGAGUUGAUUUUGUAGGGUUUUUACCUCUCUGAGCYGUGCAAYUGUUAAGGCUGGAAAAGACCUCUUGGAUCAUCAACUCCAAAUUAACCCAGCACUCCAAAUCCACCACUCAGCCUUGUCCCCAAGUGCCACAUCCACACAUUUUUGGGACAUUUCCAGGGAUUGUGACUCCUUAGCUUCCCUGGACAGCCUGUUCAGGGUGUGACCUUUCCAGUGAGGAAUUUUUUCCUCAACAUGGACACGGUGGCYGGGGGGGCCUCUCAGGUGACCUGCUCAGAUUCCAGCUCAAUCCAARCAGCUGGGAAAAGUGGUCUCUUCUUGAUCCUCUUUUUCUGUGUGUUUCCC